AAUUAAUAAUUAAUUUUAGCCACACCCAUCUGAUCACUGCAGCUCAGAAAAAGAUCAUGGGCCUGCUCUCUGAAGGAAAGCCUCUCUCCUGGGAAGAGACGAAGAAGAAUGCCUGGAAGGUACACAAAGUCGGGAUACAGCAGUUCAUAUCUCUGUUUCACAAACUGAAGGACCGCAAAGGCGAUACACUGAAAUGGGGAGACGAGGUGGAAUACAAUCUGAUUAGUCUUGAUGAAGAGAAGAAAGUAGCAAAGCUCUCUCUUCUCGGCCCUCAGAUACUUGAAGUCUUACAGAAACCAGAGUCAGAUGAUCCUCUACAUCAUAAAGCAAAAUGGAGGCCUGAAUAUGCCAGCUACAUGAUAGAAGGUACACCAGGAGCGAGCCCUUAUGGUGGAUGCUAUAGUGAUUUUAAUGUAGUCGAGGCUAAUAUGAAACUAAGGCGUGAAAUGUUAUACGAAGCUCUUAAAGGUACUUCAGUUUUCCCUCUUGCCUUAACUGCCUUCCCAAGGAUGGGGUGUCCAGGUUUCACUGAGCCGGAGUUUCUUCCUCAGCCUGCAACCUCAAAGUCUCGCUCUCUCUUUUAUCCUGACGAAGUCAUAUGGUCUGGACAUCCUAGAUUCAUUACAUUGACUCGUAAUGUGAGGGAGAGAAGAGGAGAGAAGCCAGCAAUGAACAUGCCCAUAUUCAAAGAUAAAGCCACACCCUCUCCAUUUGUUGAGGUGGUUCCUAAUGAUGAUGGUACUGCUAGUACUUGUGGUAAACCAGAUCACAUAUACUUGGACUGUAUGGGAUUUGGAAUGGGCUGCUCCUGUCUUCAGGUUACGUUUCAAGGCUGUGAUCUCAAUGAGUCUCGUCAUCUUUACGACCAGCUCUCAGUCAUGUGCCCUAUCAUGCUGGCACUCUCAGCUGCUACUCCUAUACUGAGAGGGUAUCUUGCUGAUGUUGACUGCAGGUGGGGCGUCAUUUCUGGAUCUGUUGAUGAUAGAACCCAAGAGGAGAGAGGACUAAAACCAUUAAAGGAUGAUAAGUGGGUUAUACCAAAGUCAAGGUAUGAUUCGAUAGACAUGUAUUUGGCUAAUCCUGAGUAUAAUGAUAAAGAAGUACCAAUCAAUGAGUUAGCAUAUCAAACACUAACAGAAAAUGGCGUUGAUGAGUUAAUGGCUAGGCAUGUUGCUCAUUUAUUCAUUCGUGAUCCAAUCUCACUCUUUGCUGAGAAGCUCGAACAAGACGUGGAGAACGAAAGUGACCAUUUUGAGAAUAUUCAGUCGACUAAUUGGCAGAGCAUGCGUUUCAAGCCUCCGCCUCCUAAUUCACCUAUUGGAUGGAGGGUUGAGUUCAGACCAAUGGAAUUGCAGAUUACUGAUUUUGAAAAUGCAGCUUUUGUUGUGUUCAUUGUGCUGGUUACUCGUGCCAUCUUGUCUUUCAAGUUGAACUUCCUCAUACCAAUAUCAAAAAUGGAGGAUAACAUGAAGAGAGCCAUUAAUCGUGAUGCUGCUAGACAGGGUCUCUUCUAUUUCCGUAAAAGUUUAUUACCCGAAGAUGACGAGGAUGAUGAAGGAAAAGAGACUCCGCCUACUGGAGCCACUCCUACUGCCCCUCAAUCUCACAAACAUGAAUACACACUGAUGAGUAUUGACACCAUCAUUAAUGGAAAGGACGAGUUUCCAGGUGUUAUUCCACUGGUGAGGAUGUAUGUUAAUUCCAUUGACAUUGAUGUAGACACCAGGUGUACUGUAAUGCAGUAUCUGAGAUUUAUAUCAAAGAGAGCAUCAGGUGAAUUGCCAACAGCUGCCACCUGGAUGAGACAGUUUGUAUUAUCUCAUCCAGACUAUAAGCACGAUUCUGUUGUCAGCGAGAUAAUCAAUUACGAUCUCAUCUCAAAGAUACGUGAUAUCUCAGAAGGGCGGAGUCCAUGCAAUGAGUUGACCGGGAGACUGACGUCAAGAGCUGAUUCCCUUCGUCCUUCUCUCCCUCGUCGUAUAUCAGUCAGGAGCGACAGUAAAGAUGGAAAUGACUAACAAAAACUUUUGAAGUAUUUUGAUUAUUAUUGUUGAUUUUGUUAUACUGUGUACUGUAAAACUGUUUAUUAUUGUGUAUUGUAGUUUUGUUCUCAGUCAUACUAUUAUACACUUUCCAUUUCAUUCUGAGUGUUCUUUUCUCCCCCUUUCUUUUUUAAAAUUUUUGAUAUGUUUUUGAUGUUAUUAGUAUUUUAUUAUUAUUGUACAUGUGUACAUGUAUUAAUUGUCAUUUUUAAAUGUUUCUGUAUAUUGUUAGCCCACGAUCA